GAAGCCGGCCAUGCUGUGCCUGCAGCUGAACAAAAAUCCAAUGUAAAAGGCUUUACCUGUCAUGCUUUACACUUGAAUUAAUUAAGUAUAUCGUGCCUGAGCACGUGUUACAGUAGUGUAUCCGUGAAGGAGAGUCAAUCAAAUUAAACGUAGCACAUGUGAUCCGCCAGUGGACGCAGCCUUCACUGACCUGGCACCUACAGAAGAAGGAAGUGUUCCUCCCACUAGACUCUGGUUGUGUAGAGACAGUAGAGUGUACGGCUGUAUUAAUGUAGCUUUUCAAACAGCACUAGCAAGAACAACAACAAAAAGAAUCCAGCGGUGCAGCAGUUUAUGUCUCCACACUGGGAGACAUUUGGACUUUAAAGCGAAGUCGUGUCGGAGUGCCAUGGAUACACCAGGGCAUAGCAGCAAAAUGACAGAGGUUCCUGAUCUGACCAGAGCAACGGAGAAGGUGAAAACGCUGAAGCACUUUCCUCCAUACGGCUCCAUAAAUGGACACUCAACAGGAGACACCUGCCCCACAUGUCGCGGAACCGGGCGUAUUCCCAGAGGUCAUGAGGACCAGCUAGUGGCCGUGAUCCCAUGUAACGAUGUCAGACUGAAACCCAGACGCACGAAGCUGUAUGUGUGUGUGUCCAUGGCCCUGUGUCUCCUUGUUUGCUGUCUGAUCCUCUUCUUCCUCUUCCCCCGGAGCGUCACCCUGACACCUGUGUCUGUGCUGUCAGUCAUGGUCUACUUCACCCCAGAUACAGUGGAUAUGGAGGUCACAAAUCUCAUCAACAUCACCAACGAGAACUUUGUCCCGGUUCAGAUAGCCGAGUUCAGCAUUCAGAGUCUGGUCACCGACAUAGUUGUGGGUAAGACCAAGAUAUCUAACAUGACCGCCAUCCAGUCCCGAUCACAGAAGUCGUACACCAUUAAAAUUGACCUGCCUAUUACGGAUAAAGGCUUAAACUCUUACUGCAAGUCGGGCUCUAUCAAGAUUCACACCCUAUUUCUGGAGUUGCAAAUGACGAUGAAUAUUUCCUAUCUCUCUCACAUGGAGCAGCUGUCUCUGAACACCUUUGAGUAUAUUGACUGUGGCACCAAUUCAACAAUCCCACAUCCUGUGAGAUGAUGAAAUCAAAAUGAAAAACACCAAAGUCGCAGUGUGAAAUAAUGGGUAUCUUGGCUGCAUCAUCACUUUAUCUCCUUUGUAUGGAAUGUGAAUGUGUGAAUGAUAAACUACUGUGAAAAUGCAUCUUUAUCUUAUUCUGUAUGUUCUUUCAGAAUACUUUCAGACUUAUAUCAAUCACUACAAAGUUCCAAUUUAAAAAUAUAGAUACUUCAAAUGUUCUUAUAUCUUGGCAUGAACUCUUACUUUUAAGAGACCUGCCUUUAAAUCUGUAUUAUGGGUAAAUUAGUCUCAUAAAAUCGUGUGAAACAGGCACAAAAUGCUGAAAUGCAAAGUGUGAAAAGUGUGUUUUCAUUUUAAGACUUGUAAACUUUGUAAAAAUGUAAGUAAUUGCACAACAUUUUUGGAAACAUCUUAAUUUUUUUUUGGGCAGGAUGCCACACAUUGUGUAAACAGGAUGUUGAUCUCUGAUAAUUUUGUCUUUUGUCAUUUGCACUUUAUUAAACUGUGUCAUUUAA